AUGAAUUCCUAUUCUAUCUCCAAUAUCCAAAAUUCAACAGCCAACCUCCGACGGGCUAGGUCAGCCAACUCGGUGUCAGUGCGUCGCCUUCCGUCACUCCUCGACCAAAGAGACCCGGAUCCAGAAAGGAAACAUGCUUUGCUGGCAGCUGCUGUUGCGUAUGAGAGAGCGUGUUGCAGAAAUAAGCAUUCCUCCCAAGCCGAGCAAGUAUCAGCUCAGCCCCGGCGGCGAAGAAGCAAUCGAGCUGGCGGAUUUGAAGGAGAAGGCAGUCACUUCCACUUCCAUGAGCUCAAAAAGCCCAGGCGAUGUCAGAGCAAGAGGAUUUCGGACAAUGAGGAUCCCACGAAUCAUCACCCAAGGUCGAGGCGCGGCACGUUGAGCUCAACGAAAUCUACCCUCAGCCUCACCUCACGAUCAAUCUCGACUCCCAUGCGACUUGAUCAGAAGGAUCGCGAGGAUUCACAAUUCAAGAACCAUCGUUCUUCCAUCAGCGUCCACAAAGUGAGGAUAGCUCGUUCCAUGUGCUCAUCCUCGUCAUGUUGUCCCGAACAUGCCAUCGACAGCCUUCCUUUUGCUCCGACAACAGAAGCUUCAUCGAAAACACAAACUUUAGAAGAUGCCUUUGUUAAACACUCUGAAAAGGACUUUGAAAUAUCAGCCGAUGUAGAGAGUGAGCCGGUCCCUCCAGCUGCUGCUGAACUCGAAAAUGUUUCAGAACUCACAUUACCACCGGCAAUUUUUUCACUGGGAAAAGAUCGUUCUUAUGGUGUUAGGCGUCGUGCUUCCAUGAUUUUCAUGCCAUUCAAGAAGCGGAAAUCAACAGUCACAGUCUCGAACUCGGCAAGAGUUUCAUCUCCGAAGAUAGAGCACAGUCAUCCAAGCUUCGCGAACUCUGCAGAAACGCCUGGCGCAGCAAAAUCACGCUUCCAGAACAAGCGAACUGUCAGUGAAGUUGCUAUGAUGGGUGCUAUAGCAGCAAAGAUUCGUUCAGUCUUAAGACGUGCGUCGUGUCCACAGCGCUCACUACCUAUGCAACAGGUGAACGCCAGCCGUGCUUAUUUUAAAACUGGCCUCGCGAUUAGUGAGCAGUUCCCAGAAAAUAGGGGCAAUUUAAAUCCGAAAAAUAGUGAUUCAGAAGCUGUUUCGACACCUCUUACGGAGCCACUGCUUGAAAGAAAUCGCGGCUCUAGCUUUUCUCAAAGCGUAGUAAGCAUUGGUACGAAGUCAAGAGUGACAAGCUGGGCGGAUUCAACAAUUGCUGGUAGCAUUUUUGAAGCAGGUGAUAGCGGGCACCUUGAUGCCAUCAUGGAAGAAUCGCGCGACUGGGCAGACUUGUUGGGCGAAGGCACCACACACUCGACUUUUGGUUCGAUGCGUCUUAUUGAAAGCCCUGACAAGGUUGAUACGCCUGCCUUGGAGAAUAUAGAGCUCAAAUUUGAAGGGUGUGACAAUCGGGAAAGCAGAAGAACGAAGUCUUGUGCUUCUCUGAAAUUGUCUCCCGGCGUUGAUCUGGACCGUUUGCCUUCCCAGCUUAGACGGGCCAAUGUGGUAACUAAACCAAACAUCCAAGCUGUGGCACCUCACAUCAAUGGCGCGGACUCAACAAAUUACGCAACAGAAGAUGCAUUCGCUAUUUCGUCGAGAUCAGACUUCAGUGGAUCAGAUCGUUCAGAUUCUUCGGUUUUGCGUGAUCGCAAUUCUCCGAAUGAAGCUCCAGCAUUGUCAAUUGCAGCACCUCCACCAACAGCUGAACAAAUCGCGCAUAGAGUCAGGCGAUCAGAGCAGCGUUGGCAUGAGCCACUUGAUGGAAGUUGCUCCUUGUUCUUUCCCCGGUCACCGAAAGAUCCUUCUCCAAAACGGUGUUCGCGACAGAAUUUGUUACAAUGCUAUGGGAAUGAUAACGUUCAACAAUCAUGUGAUGACAAUGCGUCAUUUGAGUAUCAUGAUAUUCAACCAGACCGGGCUACUGGUCUGAUAUCUCCAAGUGUCUACUCCGAAGACGACAAUGAUCGAAGCUUUUGUAACAUCCAUGAGCUCUCGGCCAUGUCCACCGCCCCUCCCAAUCCAGAUUCUGGGACAGCAGUCAUUCUUGCUAGUCAACAGGUUGCAAAAUACAAUGUAGGUUCUAAACAAAGGCCACGAAACAAUCAGACACGUGAAACUAGCAGAGAGUGGAGAAAUUGGCUGCACUCGGAAGUCCAAGAUCUUGAAUCACCACCCCCUAAGGAUCUGCAGUUGAGUAUGGAGCUUGUCAUGCCCAACUCACAAAGUGGCCAUCGAAAGGAACUUGCUCAAAUUGGUCAUGAAACAGGCGAUGAUGAUGAAAAAGAAAAAGCAGAAGAAGGAAAUCAUGGUAGAUGCACUGCAAAUGCCGGCAAAAACAUUGCCACGCAGCAAGGCAUCGUAUCGUCACAGAACAACAGCCCAGCCCUGAACCAAGUUCACAAUGCUUCAGACUACAGCGGUCUUGACACUGCUACACUUACUCAAUGUCAAGCCGAAAAAAUUUUCUCAACCAGUAAAAGUAUGAAAGAAGACAAUAUUGAAGGCUCGGACAAUCACUCGGACCUUUCAAAAAGCAGCUUUAAAGCUCGAAAACUGCCAUAUCUUCUCGGCACAGAAGAGAGACCAUCAAGCAGACUCUAUGUUGAUGAGAGAGAAAGCGUUGCUAGUCGGCCGUCGAGCCUCAUGAAUGAUCGAUUUCCGUUUCUUAUCAACUCAAGACCGCAGUCAAGAACUUCUGUUCGCUCGUCUACUCCAGCGCAGAGCUUGCAUAGUAAAGACAGCCAUCUUAAAUCAGCUCAAAAGAUGCGGCCUCGUUCUGCGAGAAGAGACAGUAAUAACAACCCAAGCCCAGCACCAUUAUAUUCAUUGAAAAUAUCCAGUCAAAGGCCGGUUCUUGAACGAUGGACUUCUACAGCUAUAUGGGAUCGUAGCCAGUCAAGUCUGGAAAAUUUCGCGAGAAGCAAAUCUGACGAGUUGCAAGUCUCCAUGCCUGCUAUUCUCGGUUCUGCUCACUUCACUUGCGCGUUGCGCAGCACACCUCAACGACCAACAUCGGCUUUGAGUGGAAUGGUGGGCGGGGAUGACGCUAUAGACCGCACAAAGCAUAUUUCCGUGCCUAGUCUAGAGACAGAUCCUACUUUGGCGAGCAUUAUUCGAGGUCCAUACCGCAGCUGUGUGACACCAACUGCGCCAUACAUACAAAAAUCAGCUGUGAGCUCGGGAGCAGGGUUACCGUUGAAAGAGAAUGCUAUACCAAGAACACCUAAGAGAGUCCAAACUACCACGCCUACAAGCGGGCAACGCCUUGCCGAACAAUUUUUGAAUGCGCGAAAGUUUAGAGAAGAUUUGAAAGUUGCGAGUCCGGGAGAAGGAAGUUGUACGAACGCUGUGGAAUUGGACGACUUUAGCCCCGCGUUUUUGUAG